CUACGGCGCCGUGUAUUUCUGAAAAGAUGGUUUACUCAAAUAAUAUUAACAGAUACUGCAAAAUGGUCAAGUAAGCGGGCGAAGUGAAGUAAAAGUCGUCCGCGGGAGUGCUUUUUUUUAACAAUCGAGUAACGCCCUUUUCUCAAUAGUUCGAAUGAGUAAAUCUCAAACAAGGUUCGAUUUUCUUUCAGUUUACCGUUUCAGUUUUCGAAACACUUUUUAGUUGGUUUGGUUUCGUUUUUUUCCGGACGAAAAAAAAUCUAUUCGAAAACACAACGUCCACCUCGAGAAAACACGUUUGUCAGAUGCUUUCGGCCUUUUUCAAAUUUGUCAACUUCCUGUCGUCUUUGAGUUGACAGUUUCCGAAUUCGGGUGGCGUGAAAGAGAGACAAAAAAACAAAAGAGGUAAAAACAAAAGAACCAUUAUUUAACCUAAAUCAACAGGAAACUCGAAUGCUGAUUGAAUUUUGGCACAAUUGGACGCAAUGGGUAAAUUGCUCUCCAAAAUAUUUGGCAACAAGGAAAUGCGAAUUUUAAUGCUGGGCUUAGAUGCGGCAGGAAAAACAACACUUUUGUAUAAACUGAAAUUGGGCCAGUCAGUAACAACAAUCCCUACAGUAGGCUUCAACGUGGAAACAGUGUCAUAUCGUAAUGUCAAAUUUAAUGUGUGGGAUGUAGGGGGCCAAGAUAAAAUCCGUCCUCUUUGGCGUCAUUAUUAUACCGGAACUCAGGGACUCAUAUUCGUUGUGGAUUGUGCUGACCGUGAUAGGAUCGAUGAAGCGAGACAAGAAUUGCACAGAAUAAUCAAUGAUCGAGAAAUGAGGGAUGCUAUUAUAUUGAUUUUCGCCAACAAACAAGAUCUACCAGAUGCCAUGAAACCGCAUGAAAUCCAGGAGAAACUCGGCUUGACACGAAUUCGUGACAGGAAUUGGUAUGUCCAGCCGUCAUGUGCCACAACCGGGGAUGGGCUCUGCGAAGGGCUCACUUGGCUGACAUCAAAUCACAAGCUAUGAGAACUGUAAAGGCGAAAAAAAAACACAAUUUUCGCCUUUACAGCGAGUUCUGCUGUAUGCACAUGUUUCAUGGGUAGGAUGUUUAUAGGAUUAAAAAAAUGGUACAAUGCUGCGAAAAAAAAAAUAUAUAUGGAAAACAUUUUUUGUUUAAAAGACUAGUGCAAUUUUUUGGUGAAUUGUUAUGACAAAAUUAAACUUGAAAAAAAAUAAUAAAUUUUUGUACGUGUAGUAA